GCCCUGCUGACAGCUCCAGCUCGAGACUGUCCAGGACACCGACGACAUUUCUUCACUUGUGUUUUCAUGUGGUCGGAUUUUAACUUUAAAAUCAACUUUAAAAAAAAAACAAACGUCCUGUUUUACUAAAAAAUGACGUGGCUGGAUGAAUUUAGGAGAUUAAGCGCAGUUUUUCUGGCCAUUUUACUUUAGCUUUACUUUUCAAGGUGCAUACUGUGAACUGGUGGUUUCUCCUGCUGUUCCUGCUCUGGUGAAUGCUUUAGUUGGCAGCAAUGUGACUCUGGCUGUGUCCUUCAGUGGUGCCCCUGACCCAGCUGUUACCUGGCUCAUGAGAGAUUUACCCGUGGUCACAUGGACUAUUACCUCCACUACCCCCCCAGACAUAGCCGAAAACAGAAGGAAUGUGCUGAGGAUUGAGGCAAAUGGAUCCCUUACUUUUGUAAAUGUGACGCUUGGAUAUGCCAGUAACUACACCAUUGAAAUGACCAAAUCUGGACUGAGAAAAUCCUCGACUAAUUUCACUCUGGAAGUGUUUGAAAACAUCCAAAAUGUGAUUCUGAGUGCACAGCCGGAUUUUGCCAUAGAGGGAGCUGACCGGUUCACCCUGCAGUACAGCAUGCUGCAAGGAGUGGUCGUGCAACAGAUGUGGUUCUUCAAUGACGUGGAGGUAAAAUCCAACUCUCACUACUCUGUGGAGGAGAGGAGCCUUGUGAUCCUCAGGCCCAACCGAAGCGACACAGGACGGUACACGGUGUUACUGACGAACCCCUUCAACCGUGUGACGACUCCCAUUAACGUCACUAUGCUGUAUGGACCGGAUGAGCCCAUACUUGAGGCCCGUCCAACUCAGCCUUUCUAUUUAUCAGGAGACUCUCUUAGCGUCUCCUGCCAGGCUGAGGGGUUCCCACAGCCGACUGCUCAGUGGGUCUUCGGUACUCAGACUCUUCCUGAACACCUCAACGGAGUCUUAAAUCUGGCGCAUGUACAGACCAAUCAAGGAGGCACUUAUACGUGCACGCUGCUCAAUGAGCGGACUAAAGAGGAGCGUCAAAAGAGCAUCAUUUUAAAAGUGUACGAGAAGCCGUCAGGCAACCCGAUGUGCUCUGUACAGUCGGUGAAUAACGUCGACCUGCAGUACCACUGUUGGUGGCCGGGGGGAACCCCGCAGGCCACGCUUUAUUUUCCAGAACUAAGCGACGCCAGCCGAGGAGCAGAGAACUUCAGCCUGACCUUGAACGCCUCAGAUAACCUCAAUGGGAAAACUGUCACGUGCAUGGCAGAGCACCCAGUCGAACAGAAUAAGUGCAACGUUACUGCAAGUAGUCCAAUACAGUUCCUGCCAGAUGUGAGAACCACUGUCUCCUCUGAGGGCGAAAUAGUGGUCGCUAUCCACUGUGUCAGUAAGGCCUCGCCUCAGGCUGUGGUGUCGUGGUCCAAAGGCAACGGGGGUCUCACCAGAGAGACAACCUACCAGAUCAGCAGUGACACCACACAGCUCGAAAUUCGUGAUUUCAAUGUCAACAACUUCCUCCUCCAAAACUACGCUUGCACCUGCCGCAACCCGCUGGGCAGCCAGAGAAGGGACAUUCAGUUACGAGGACCGUCGAUCUCACAUUCCAGUUUGCUCCCCAAUCACAACGGGACCAUCGUCACGUUGACCUGGGAGGUCCCGCCUACCUCUGUUGUUACAGGGUUUGGCAUCCAAAUGAAAGGACCGGGCCUCCUGAGCAAAAACCGUAAUGGCACCCAAACCAGAGGCAGCGUAAACACAUUUCACACCAUCCAGCAGAAACCCGGCCCUGUCAGGAGGGCGGACAUCUUUGUCCUCGAUCCCAACUUGACGUACAGAUUUCGGGUCAUCCCCAAAGCUCUUAUGACAGAAGGAGAGCCAUCUGAGGUCCACAGAAUUGGUCCAGCUGAAGGGUUGAGUGGAUCUGCCAUCGCCGGCAUUGCGGCUGGAAUCCCCUGCAGUCUUAUCUUCCUAGCCCUGCUGGGCAGCUCCAUCUACUUCUGUAUCCACUGGAACAAGAACAAAAAUCGGCAGACAAGAUAUCCAGUGUCCAGAGCAGUCGAGAAGCGUCUUUCUCGUCACUCGCAGGCAAUAACAACCCAAACGACUCCUCAUAACCUGCAGACAGGAGGGCUGAAGGCUCCCCCUGAUUACAACAGAUCACAGCUGACUCCCUCCGAGAGAUCGGUUGCUCUCCCCACAUUUGUCCCUCCGCCGCCUGUCAGAGUUGCUACAACUGUCUAAACUAAAAUAAUUUGCUUUUGAUGUGUAUAUUAUAUUAAUGUUGUACAGCACACUAUAUUUUUUGUGUUCUAUUUUAAUGUAUGAUGUGUUUCUAUAUUUUAAUGAAUUCUUUAACUGAAAAAGAAUGUCUUGUCUAUUUGGGAAAUGUGUACCACCUUCCUCGAUAAUCUGCAAUUUUGAACUUGCAUCCUUUUUAUAACUUUAUUUAUUCAUAAUAAAUCAAAUCAUAAGCAAUGCCUGUACAUUUA